AUGGAUCUGCCCGAGCCAGAGCCAGCAGGCUCGGCUCUCAGUCCGGCCGGCAUGCGAGGUGGCGCCCAGCGUCCUGGCCACCUCCCGGGCCUCCGGCUGGGGGCUCAUGGCCUCCUGGGGUCUCCGGAGCGGGCCGCUUCCUCACCGGUCACCACCCUCACCCAGACUAUGCACCAUCUCGCUGGGCUCGGCAGGUUCGAACAGGCCAUCCAGGCAGCUAGCCGAGUUAUUCAAAAUGAGCAGUUUGCCAUCUGACGUUUCCAGUCCUUGCCGGGGAGGCUUCUGGGCCACAGUCCUGUGCUACGGAACAUCACCAACUCCCAAGUGUCUGGCACCUGGAGGAAGACUGAGGCAUGUGACCAAGCUGCCCACGGCUCUGGGGAGGACAAAGAGAAUGAUGGAUUUGUCUUCAAGAUGCCAGGGAAACCCACACAUCCCAGCCACUCCCGUGCUCUUGGGGAGUGGGCCAGCCACAGAGAAGCCUUUGCCCAGAGGCCAAGCUCAGCUCCCGACCUGAUGUGUGUCACCCCUGAGCGGAAGAUGGAAGUAGAGGAACUGAUCCCCCUGGCCCGAUGCCGCUUCUCCCUGACCCCCUCCACAGGGGCUGUUGAGGAAGACGAUGGAUUCGUGGAUAUCCUGGAGACUGACUUAAAGGAGAAUGAUGUAGUUCCCCCAGGCAUGGAGAGCCUCAUCAGUGCCCCACUGGUCAAGACCUCAGAAAAGGAAGAGGAACAGGACCUCAUUAUGUACAGCAAGUGUCAGCGGCUCUUCCGCUCUCCGUCCAUGCCCUGCAGUGUGAUCUGGCCCAUCCUCAAGAGGCUGGAGCGCCCGCAGGACCAGGAUCUGCCUGUACAGAACAAGCGGAAAAGGAGCGUGACCCCUCCAGAGGAGGAGCUGCGGGAGGCUGAGGAACCUAAAGCCCGCAUUCUCUGCUCAAAGUCCAUGUGUCAUGAUGAGAUUGAGAAUAUCCUAGACAGUGACCACCGAGAACUGAUCGGGGAUUACUCCAAGGCCUUCCUCCUACAAACUGUGGAUGGAAAGCACCAAGAUCUCAAGUACAUCUCACCAGAAACGGUGGUGGCUCUGCUGACAGGCAAGUUCAGCCACAUCGUGGAGAAGUUUGUGAUUGUCGACUGCAGAUACCCCUAUGAGUAUGAAGGCGGGCACAUCAAGACUGCUGUGAACCUGCCUCUGGAACGGGAUGCCGAGACCUUCCUGCUACAGAGCCCCAUCACACCCUGCAGCCUGGAUAAGAGAAUCAUCCUCAUUUUCCACUGUGAAUUUUCAUCUGAGCGGGGCCCCCGCAUGUGCCAUUUCAUCAGGGAACGAGACAGAGCUUCCAACGACUACCCCAGCCUCUACUAUCCUGAGAUGUAUAUACUCAAAGGCGGCUACAAGGACUUCUUCCCACAGCACCCGACCUUCUGUGAGUCUCAAGACUACCAGCCCAUGAACCAUGAGGACUUCAAGGAUGAAAUGAAGACCUUCCGCCUCAAGACACGCAGCUGGGCUGGCGAGCGGAGCCGGAGAGAGCUCUGCAGCCGCCUGCAGGACCAGUGA